CUCCACUUUGGGAAUCUGAUUGUGAACUAAAGGCGCCAAAUCGAAACAGUUUCAUUGGGAGCUUUCAUCAAAUUCUCUGGGGAAAGACUCAAUCUUUUUGUAUUUUCUCGUGACAAAUCUGUUACGUUUGUUCCUGAAUAUCGAAAAUUGCGAGAGUUUCUCUAGUUUCAGCUUCUAAGUCACCAAAGAGGCUAUUGGAAGAAAAGUUCAUCUCUUUCUUGGAAUCAUGUAAAACCCAGAAACAGCUUCUUCAAAUUCAAUCUCAAACCGUAUGUCACGAGUUACUACAGAAUGAUUACGUCGCUCCGAGACUCGUCGCUGCUUGUUGCCGAAUCACGAGAAUUGAUUACGCACGCCAAGUGUUCGACAGAAUCUCUCAACCAAAUGUUUCUGUUUGGAAUGCUAUGUUUAAUGGGAGUGAUAGCAUCGGCGAAUAAGGUGUUUUGUGAGAUGGUUGAGAAAAAUGUAGUUCUUUGGACUUCGAUGAUCAAUGGGUAUCUUUUGAAUAAGGACUUAGUCUCUGCUCGACGCUAUUUUGAUUUGUCGCCUGAGAGAGAUAUUGUGUUGUGGAACACUAUGAUAUCUGGUUAUAUUGAAAUGGGGAAUAUGUUAGAGGCUAGGAGUCUUUUUGAUCAAAUGCCUUGUAGGGAUGUCAUGUCGUGGAAUACGGUUUUAGAGGGUUAUGCAAAUAUUGGAGAUAUGGAAGCAUGUGAAAGGGUUUUUGAUGAUAUGCCAGAGAGAAAUGUGUUCUCUUGGAAUGGUUUGAUCAAGGGAUAUGCUCAAAAUGGGCGGGUUUCUGAAGUGUUGGGUUCUUUUAAGAGAAUGGUAGAUGAAGGGAGUGUUGUUCCUAACGAUGCAACAAUGACUUUAGUUUUAUCCGCUUGUGCAAAGUUAGGAGCUUUUGAUUUCGGGAAAUGGGUACAUAAGUAUGGAGAAACUCUUGGUUACAAUAAGGUAGAUGUUAAUGUUAAGAAUGCUUUGAUUGAUAUGUAUGGAAAAUGCGGAGCUAUAGAGAUAGCUAUGGAAGUCUUCAAAGGCAUAAAGAGAAGAGAUUUGAUAAGUUGGAAUACCAUGAUCAACGGUUUAGCUGCACAUGGACAUGGAACUGAGGCCUUAAAUUUAUUCCAUGAGAUGAAAAAUUCCGGAAUUAGUCCGGACAAGGUAACAUUCGUCGGUGUUUUAUGUGCCUGUAAACACAUGGGUUUGGUUGAAGAUGGCUUGGCUUAUUUCAAUUCCAUGUUUACUGAUUUCUCAAUAAUGCCUGAGAUUGAGCAUUGCGGUUGUGUAGUGGAUUUACUAUCACGGGCUGGAUUUUUAACACAAGCUGUUGAGUUUAUAAACAAAAUGCCGGUAAAAGCGGAUGCUGUUAUAUGGGCUACUCUUCUUGGAGCUUCAAAGGUUUAUAAGAAGGUGGACAUUGGCGAAGUUGCGCUUGAAGAGUUGAUCAAGCUUGAACCAAGAAACCCGGCUAAUUUCGUUAUGCUCUCAAACAUAUAUGGAGAUGCAGGAAGAUUUGAUGAUGCUGCAAGGCUAAAAGUUGCUAUGAGAGACACAGGGUUUAAGAAAGAAGCAGGUGUUAGCUGGAUUGAGACCGAUGAUGGUUUAGUGAAGUUUUAUUCUUCGGGAGAGAAGCAUCCUCGAACAGAGGAAUUACAGAGGAUCUUGAGAGAACUGAAGAGCUUCAACAUCCUUCGUGACGAAGAACAUUUUAUGUAAUCUUGUAGAGCUUUUGUCAAGCUUAAACUUUUUCCAUUACCGGAAUUUGUUGUGAAGAACAUUCUGCAAUGUGGAAGCGGAACCCUCACACUGUUGACGUAUAGGAAUUUGAAUUUCUUAAAGCAGUUUACAAAGAGCCUUGUGCUCAGCUGAAUAAGCUUGCUGAGUUCUUGAGUUGUCCAUUUACCGCAAAAGAAGAAGAGGUUUUAUACUUUUGUAAUCUGAGCUUUUAAGAGGUCAACAAGAUCAUGAAUGGAAUGGGUCACAAGAAGUAUAUGACUACUGAAAUGGACAACAAUAUCGGCGAGUUAACAAAAGAUCCCAUAUAGCACACUAGUUAAAUUUUCUUGAUUGCCAAUGUUUUGGAUUCGUUAUUCGACAAGGGAAAACUUUUUUUUUUUUUUUUUCAAACAAUCCAUUUCAAUAUUGUAUAUAUUAGUAAAUUUCUUAUUGCGUAACAA